GGAGGGGGUAUAGAGGAUGUAGCCAUGGAGUACAUGGAAAACCACUAUAGUUUUUAUUCGUCUUAAUUUUUACGAAUAUUUAAUUGAAUCCAUUUCACCAAUACGCCAGCGAAAGGCAAUUCUGACGAAUGAAAUGUGCACUCGAUUGACAUGUUUUCGUUGUAUUUGAAUGUGAAGACACGACGCACGUGACAGCACGAGACAAUACGUGCCUUAUAAAAGCAAACACUUCCUGCGCUGCUGCGUGCUCCGAACUGACGGAAUGACGUUCUAGGCAAUGAAAGGUAGUCUCGUUAGGUGCAGGGAAAUUUCGCAAAACUAGUGUUAUUACCUUGUUCAAGAAAAGCGCAAGUGUGGAGAUGCUACACAGAUUUGCGACACGUUGAAGCGGGAACUAACAGAUGAUGUGAUGGAAGGAAGUGAUUUGGCAGUACGUGAUGUGGUGGACCUUUUGCACGCACAGUUUGCUAUAAUUACAGGGGGAAAAUCAAGGGAAGGAUGCCCAAUUAUUACUUUCCCAGAUUUGGGAAAUUUCUGCAGUUUGGGAGACGAAGAAUAUCAGCGCCUUAUUUUGUACCUGACUUCAGUACCCUCGAUGCAAGAGGCUGAUGUAGGAUUUGUAUUGUUAAUUGAUCGUCGGAAUGAUAAGUGGAAUUCAGUGAAGGCCGUCCUGCUCAAAAUUUCGGGUUUUUUUCCUGGUCUUAUACAUAUGGCAUAUGUUCUUCGACCAGCAGGAUUUCUCCAAAAGGCUAUUUCAGAAGUUAGCAACAAAUUAUUUAAAGAAGAAUUCAAAUUCAAAGUGGUUGUUUGUAAUUGUAUAGAGGAACUUCAUGAAAACAUUGAUAAAAGUCAACUAACUCCUGACCUAGGAGGUCAAAUAACGUACUGCCAUCAAGAAUGGAUACAGCAAAGAAUGGCUUUGGAGAAGUUUUCAUGCAACACUCAAGAAGUUUCUGCUGCCUUAGAUAGUUUUACACAAAGUCUUCAGGAUACAGAAUUUCCAAAUGAUGUUGAUGCUACUCAAGAAUUACUAAAAUCCCAGGGUUCUGAAUAUGAUGAUUUGAAAGAGGAUAUUCUCAGUGCUGCGCGGCAUGGUGAAAAUUUACUGAAUAGUAUUCGUCAGUGUCCAAACAGCAACUGUUCUUCUGGCAAUCGAGAAGAACAAAUGGAAAUGUAUCGUACUUGCCCUUACAGACUUGGGAAUGUCACAGCAGUUGAAAGAUUGUUAGUUCAACUUGAGGAAACAGAAAGAACUUUUGAUGAAUUUUGGCAAAAUCAUUCAGCAAAAUUGCGGCAAUGUUUGGAACUUCGUAGAUUUGAACAAGAUUUUAAGGAACUCCAGGCCAAUUUUGGAUAGUCAUGCUUCAAACAAGUGUGUGAGAAUGACUGAAGUUGGAGAAACAUCUUGCCCGUGUGGACACACUUCUUCGAGAAACAACAACUUUCCAAAAACUAUGCUUAAGUGAUAUGGACAGAGCUGAAGAACUAAUUUCUAUGGGACAACAACUUUUGAGUAGUCGACAUUAUUGUCCUCUAGAAUGUGUUCAACCAAAAUGUUCAGAACUACAGCGAAUGUGUCGGUUGCUGUCAGAAAGACUGGAUAGUCGUUUGGAAAUGCUUGCCAAGAACAAAGAACUUCAAGAACGAAUUGAGAAGGCAAAUAAGUGGUGCACCAAGGGUAUUGACCUGCUUGCUUCUCAACAAAUUGAAAAGUGCUCUACAUCACCUGAAUUAGCAGAACAAUCCUUGAAUGAAAUUCAGCAAUACAUUGCUAGUGCUGAAGAAUUUAAGCUCAGCAGUCCUAAGGAGUUUCGGACUUUAUUUCAAGAUUCUAUCACACCUGAGACAAAAGCAUUAGUAACACAAGUAUUGCAAAGGAUAGAUGAUGUUACAAUGAUGUGUGAAAAGAGAACUGCAAAUUUGAAACGUCUUACUUUAAAACCUCCUCGGCCUGUGCAGACUGUUACUCCAGAACCUGCUGUGCCAUUGCAAGCUCCUAAUAGUGGAACACCAAACCACGUUUCCAAAGGAGUGAGAACAUUCAGGAAGGCAAAUACGCUUCCAAAGAUUGAUGUCCCUUCUGAAAGUUGGCAACUUCAAACAAAACAACUAGAAUCUUGUGAUCUAGGUUCAUCUCCUGAUAGUGAAAGUUCUAGUCAAGAUCAUGAUGUAAUGAAAACAAAGCAAGGUCAUGUUCUUGCAGAAUUAUUAGAAACUGAACGAGUAUAUGUGGGAGAACUGGGAUGCAUUUUGAAGGGUUAUAAAAGUGAGCUGCAGUCUUCUGAAAUGCAAAGUAUAGUUCCUUCACUACUCACAGGAAAAUCUGAUAUAUUGUUUGGUAACCUAGAGGAACUAUUUUCAUUUCACGGUGAAGUGUUUCUGCGUGAUUUGGAGAAUUGUAUAUCAAAUACAGAGUUGGUAGCAUUGUGUUUUACACAGAGGCGAGAUGCAUUGCAUAAAUUGUACAGCUAUUACUGCCAGAAUUUACCACGUUCAGAGAGAUUAAGAGAAGCUGUUGGCGAAAAGAACAUGUUUUUUCAGGCUUGCCAACUCAAGUUAGGGCAUAAAUUACCUCUAGCAGCAUAUCUUUUGAAACCUGUUCAGAGAAUUACUAAAUAUCAAUUAUUAUUAAAGGAUUUAAUUCGUUAUAGUGAAGAUGGAAAAUGUUGUCGAGAACUUCAGGAAGCUUUAGAUGGGAUGCUUGUUGUUCUUAAAUGUGUAAAUGAUAGUAUGCAUCAAAUUGCUAUUACAGGGUUUUGGGGUGAUGUUAGAGAACAAGGUGAACUGUUGAUGCAGGGUUCAUUUUCAGUGUGGUCUGAAAGCAAGAAAGAUCGCUUACGUGAGUUACGAUUAAAACCAAUGCAACGACAUAUAUUUCUCUAUCAGAAGGCAAUGCUUUUCUGUAAGAAAGCUGUUAAGGAAGGCCAUAACAAACCCACUUAUCACUUCAAACGUUAUUUGCAGAUGUCACAAAUAGGUUUAACCGAGUCUGUUAAAGGAGAUUCUCGUAAAUUUGAAGUUUGGUUACAAGGUAGACAGGAAGUCCACACAAUACAAGCUCUAACAGUUGAGCAGAAAGCAGCAUGGGUUCGAGAAAUUAAACGUGUUUUACUGGAACAACUCGCAGAAUUAAAAGGUGAAAAGAUCCGUCAAUAUUCUCUUGCUGGAACCAGCAAGCUCAUACACAGAAAUUUUUACAGGCCUUUGCGGCAAACUAGUUCAUGGGAAAGUCAUGCGGGUGCUUCAAGCAAUGGCAAUUUUAAUAUAGAAGAAGCUGCGAACAGACAGCCUCCAGCUGUUUCUGAAAAUGGCGAGGAAGAAGGAGGAGCCUGGAGUUCUGACUACAGCAACAGUGAAGAUGAAGAUACAUUUACUGACCACUCGGAGGCAUGACGCUUUAUUGCCCUUGCUGACUACUGUGCUAUGGGCCAUAGUGAAGUGUCAAUGAAGGAAGGAGAUUCCGUGGAACUAUUAAAAGUGGGUUGUGCAGGAUGGUGGUACAUCCGAGUAAUGGGAUCACAAUUAGAAGGCUGGGCUCCAUCUGCCUACUUGGAACCAUCUGGUAGGAAAUCUUCAAGGAAUUCCCAAUCUUUGGGUAGUCAAGAUGGUAGCAGAUCUGGAGGUGCACUAACUGAGUGAAAUGACACAUCAUUGUAGAAAGUAAAUUGUGGAGAUUUGAAGAGUGUAAUAUGUGCAUAAUAGGGAACUGCAGUAUGCAAUACUGUGGUGAAUGUGGAGAUUUGUUGUUGAAUUAUUUGUUAUUUUGUAUUUUGUAAGUCAUUAUUUAUUGUUCUAAACAUCCAAAUAAAACUAUUGUUUAUUGUAUUUUUGUCUUGUAGACAAAAUUUUUUAAAUAAAUAACUAAAAAUAAUAGACAGUGAUGUCAAAAUAAAAUGCUGCAUAUUAAGCAUUCCAAGUGUGAGAAUCUUUGAUAGUACUUUUGCAGCAGUAUGUUUUGUUUCUCUCAUAUCUAGUCAUAGUUUUUUGAAAAGUUUGUUUUGAUGGUCAGUGUUGGAAUGUACAGUAUGUUAAAAAAGGGGCACCCUUCAUCACUGCUGUUGGUGUUAGAACUAGAAAUAGAGACCCCAAAAAUGUGUGAAAUUCAAAAUUAUUUGAUUUUCAGUUAGACAAUUUUGCUUUGGUGGUGCCUGCCUUCUCAAUCAGUCAAAUACAAGGCAAAAGGAGUCACUGUGACAUCCAUUUAAGAAAAGUUACAAAAAAGUAUCAGAUCCAAAACCUUUCUUUGCAUAAGCAACUAUCUCAUAAGGCUAAAAGGAAUAUUAAAGCUGUUAAAUUUUAAAAAUAUUUACUUUUUGAAUGAAUAUCGUUUAACUAUGUUUACCAUACCCUCCUAAGGUCUCUUAACUUAUUUGCAAGGAAAUAUUUCUUCAUUUUGAAAAUUAGCUUAUUACUGGUAGCAAGAUGAUGAUAAUUUACAAUCAAGUGCAAUGGGUCCAUAGUUAAGCACUUACGUGGUCUUUGUAGGAAUUGUAAUUCACAUCAGCCACUGUUGUGGACUCAGUGUUGCUAGAAAGUGCAUUUUGAACUUUCUCAUUUGAUACAAAAUCACUUUUGUAUUACAAUUAUUUCUUCAUGUCUAUCACUAAUACCUAGUGCAGCAUUUUGUGGUGCCCUUUUUGUUACAUUCCUUGUCUUGUCAUAGAUGUAAGACAGUGAUAUAAUUUUAUUUUUAAAGUGUUGUAACUUGAUUGAUAUGUUGGGUUAAUUGUUACACAUAUACACUGACCUUGAAAAACAUGGGUGAUUGUAGACUUGUCAAGUGGUUUAAAAGUACAAUAAUAUGGAUCAUAAGUUUUUGUGUGUAAGAAAUUUGGUGGACAAUGGUGGACCUGAGACAGAAAAAUUUCUGUAUAAAUUAAACCUGAAAGUUUGGAGCUACUACUAGAUCAAUUUUGUGUGACAAAUACAAAAAUGAGAUUCACAUGAGAAGUUGAGGGUUUAUUUUAUAAGAAAUAUUUGUGCAAAUGAAACCUGUGAAAAUGAUAAGGAAGGUUGUAUAGAAAACAAUUUUUUGUGCAUUUAUAGUUUUGUAGAAUUCUUAGAAAAUCCUCAACAAAUUAUAUUAAAUGAAUUUGAUAUUCAAGAAAUAAUUUCUGUAUUUUUAUGAAUUGCAGCUACCAAAAUAAACAUUUACAUGGUAAGUUUGAAAAAUUACAGAAAUAAAUUCCAUGGACAAUUCGUUCUACAUUUGUAAGAAAAAAUGUUAAAAACGUUGGGUUAACUAAUGAAUAACAUUCAAGAUUUUUGCCUAUUGUAAUUUGGUAAUUUUGCACCUCCAAUUCCUUAAUAAGUAUCUGUGAAAGUAUUGUUUAUAUUUGUUAGCCUCUGAAUGAAAGUUCUGAUUUCACUUCCUGCUUCUAAGCAUUAAUUAAACAAAGUCCUAUCAGUUUUGCUUUUCUCCUCUCUGUGAGACUUACACUUUUGCUGCUUGAUGACAGUGUUGUCAUGUGCUUAUUUUAUAAUGUUCUUAGCUGAACACAAGAGUAGUAAUUUCACAUUAUUAUUGAGUGUGGUAUUACCAUAUUAAUGGAUUUCAGCUAAUGUGCCAUUCUGCAGUCCAACAAAAUAUCCUCUCUCUCUCUAGUUGUAAUGACCAGAUAUCCUUGUUUCUCUUCAAUACUACUACUCGUAGUUCUACUUGAAUAUUUAGUUUGUUAUAACCCUAUAUCAAUUAAGUGUUUUGUUUUAUCAAGUAAAAUAUGUUUUAAAAAUAUUAUUUUUCUGAAAUUAUAUGGUUUAAAAAAUAUACAAAAAUUCAACUUGAUUUGAAAAUUUGAAUCAAUAGUUCAGUUUAAAUGUAUCAACUUAUAAAUAAUCAAAAAGAUCUUUUGUCCCUGCCCUAGUUAUACUACUAGUUGGCAUAACUGAGUUCUCUUGUGCAAUUUUGCUCCUGCUAGCAAUUAUUGUAUCUUGUUGAUAACAUACUCUUUUAGUCUGAAGUGAGAACAAUUCUCAGUGUUUAUGUUGAUGUGUUUUUUAUUGAUGUUCUUGAAAAGCAUUGUUCAUAUGUUAUGACAUCAAUUAUAUUUGUAAUCAAUUGAUUCAUGUUAGACACGACAACUGCAAUGGACAUUAGUCCCGUUUAGGUAGUAAAUGUUUCAUCCCAGAAUGUGGCAGUGAUGGUGAGGUCCGGUGCUGACCUACACUUCAACUUGUGUAAGAUUCCUCCCUCCAGCUAUCUCCCACAACAUAGCACUUCCUCAGUUGGGACAAGCUUGUUGCGCCUGAUAAUGUGUGAAAGCAAAGUGCCUGUAGGUCUAAUUGUGUGUAUGUAAGGGGAGAAGAUAGGACAAGGAAGCAAAAGGAAAGAUCAUGCACAGUCCUUGGCUCAUGUGUUGGGGUACUGGUCUGGGAUUGAUCAAAGAAACCACAGAAACUUACCCAUCAGAACAUCAAGCCAUUAGAAUUAAUCCAGACUGAUUGAAUUCAAUCUGGCUAUUCAGCAAAUAUUGAAAAACCUAAAUAUUGGAAGACCUAAACUCAGACAAAAUAUUUGUAGUCAAUCAUUCUUUAAGAAAUUUCCAUUUGAGCUUACUGACGGUCCCUUUGAGGAUAAUAUCAAUUCAAAAUUACUCAGCCCCAACAAAUUACGAAGGGAAACAAGAUUGAGGAUAUUUUUUAGGGCUUCAGCAUAUAAUGUGUAAAAUGAAAAGAAAAACGAUUGUGCACAAAAACUCGCCAGUUGUGGAAGUGUAUCAGAAUUUGCUGCCAUUAAUAUCCACGGACCUAUGCAAAGUGGAAAUUUUUACUUCGUUAUGUGUGUCUUAUCACAAAGUCUGUAAAUUUUGAAACAUCCUACAUAAUUAGUGUGUUGUGUAAAUUUUAAUUUGUGUUGCUUCAUUGAGUGUUUAUUUGAACCUACUCUGUCAGUGUUCCAAGAUUAGAGCAAUUUAAAUUAUCUUUCAUUUGAGUACAUUAAGUGUAUACUAAAAUUGUUCUACUUUAUGAAAACUGCAAGAAUUAGAGGAAGCAAAGUAAAAAAACUCACAAUUAUCUGUGAAAAUAGAACAAUAAUUUAUAGUGACAUAAGGAAAGUUUAGUGUAAUGCUUUUUACUCUUCUUUUUUAAUAACUUGUUUUCUAUACAAACCUGAACAUGUGAAAUUUUACACAUUUAAUGAAGAAAGAUUUUGAUACAAGUUUAUCAUAUUGCUGAGUGAUAAUCACUUUUUGUAUGGAGGAAACAGUACUUAUUAAGAGUCUUUACUUCAUUCAUUCAUGUUAUUACUAACGGGUGUAAUUAGGUGUGCGUCCAAAGUCCAUUUGUAGGUAUAAUAUUUAUAUGGUAUUUCUGGCAACGUUAAUUUCUUAAUCCUUUUGUUUGAUAAUUUAUAUUGUAAUACUUCUAUUAUUAGGAAGUAGUUUUCGUACCAAGAACAAAGUGACAUAUUAUAUAUCAUUUGACGGGCUAUAUCUCUGCCCAUCUUUUUCAUAGAGAAAUGUAAUCAGUGGGAACAAAAUACACAAAUAGCUCAGCCCUUAGAAAUAUGGGAUGAGGUACUAAAAUAUAAAAUCUUUCUUUAAGCAGAUUACUCCUGAUGAAAAUACGAAACAAUUUCUUCCAAAUCCACUUUGGAGAUUCCUAGUAAGAGAUAUAAGUGAGGCUUCCUGCUUUGUGCUUAGGUCCUUGUUGAUAGCUUGUAUUUAACCUUUUUGGACUGUAACCAGAAGUUAUUAUACUUCUAAUAGUCAUUUCAGUGGGACUUGUAUCAUUAAUUUGUAAAUAUUAUUGGUGGUCCAAUGAAAAUGUGCCUCCAAAUGAAGAAAGCAAUGAUAGUUUUACUUUCUUGUUUCUAUUAAUUUUGAAAUUUUUAUUUGAAAAUACAUUUUGUUGAAAUCUCAUGUUACUCUGUUUUUGCAUAUUUCUCUUUUUAGAUAAUUAAUUAGUCAAUAUAUUGUGUUCUUCUGCCAUUUAUGUAUGUUUUAGAAAAUCAUCAAAGCAUGAGCACUAGCAACAUUUCUUGCAGACGUAUGUCCUCAAUAAAAAAUGAAAACAGUUCUUCCCAUUUUUUUAAUCAUAUUUUUGUUAAUAUCAAGUAUUUGUUAAUUCUUUCAUAAGUUGAAUCACUUGUCAUGCUCAUAUACUCAUCAUGUGAGUUUCGUACAUGGUCUUUUGUCGUUUCUAGUAUGCACUUUAUUCACGUAUUUCUUCUAGUGAAAAAAAUAUGAUUAUGAUAUGGAUUAUGAAAAUAUUCCUAAUUAUUUUUUGUUAUGAACAUUCCUUCUUUCCACUUAUUUUAGUGCAAAUGCUUCUGUUAGCACUCCUAUUCAUCAUCUGAAGUGUUUCCAUCAACAUAUGUUGGUAUGAAGAAAUACAAAAGCUGUUAGAUUUUAUUAGCACAAAGCUGAAAACUAAAAUUAUUUCAAAAUAAAAUUUAAGUUUAAAAAAAUCCUAAAUGGUUUAUAUUGUGAUGAAAUGAAGCUGCUAAGAUUGUGACAAAUUUAACACCCCCCCCCCCCACACACACACACUAGGUGUAAUCACAUUUCUGUUUGUAUUAUUUAAUUGAUGCAUCUUAAAUUCUUCAUUGACCUAUAUAUUUAUAUACUGUAUGUAAUUCCAUAGCUACUUUAAUUUCACUUAAAAUUAUUUUUUCUAUUACAAGCAAGGAAUUAUUUUUAUGGAGUUAUGUAUAGAAUAUUAAUUAAAGAUUUAGCAUAUAUUGCUAUGAAUGCUAGAUGGAGUGAAGAAAAAGUAAACUGUAGAAAAAUGAAAUUACGUAUUACACCUCCUCACUCCACCAUAAUUUUUUCAAUGGCAUUGUAGCUGGAAAUGUCCCAGUGUAACAGGAAAAACAGAUAAUCCAUAUCAAGGUCGUCAGAAGUAAGUGUGUGGGUUUAUGCGUGUGUUUGAAGGGGGGGAAUGCUUUUAAACAAAAUGGUAUUUGUUAUUUAUAAAUAUUAUUAAUUUACAGAUGUUACCCACAUUUUAUAAUACUUUUUUAUUACUCAAAUUUAUAAAUAUAAUAUACCAACAUUAUUUUUCUCAAACGUUCUUUAAAUUUUAAUCUUUCAGAAGUAUUGACUUUCAUUCGGACCUUUUUCUCUAGAUUUUGAAAAUCACAAUCUGUAUUUGUGGUUCAUUGCAUCUGUGACAGUGAAAAGUUGUGAGAUUAAAAUAUUCUUUUAAAUUUUCCUAGGGCAUGAUUGGAAAUACUGAUAAUAAUGUACACCACAUGAUGUAAUUUUUUUCAAUAUUAGUACCAAUUCUUAAUCAUGUUCUUAUUUUAUCUUAAAUAUCAUUACUUGAAUUUAAAAUAGUUUUUCAAAGGUUAUCAUAAUAAUUAGUGAAAUUCUGAGCAAACUAAUAUCAGUGGUGUUUGUCACAAACCAAUUGUCUUUUAUUUCACAUGAAAAUGUUCCUCUAAGUUUGAUGGUUUUGUAUGAAUCUUUGCUUUUUUCCUUAAUGUUUGAUUUUAUUCAAUUCUUGGAAACAAAUCUUCAAAUUUCCUUGAACUGUAUGGUGGAAUUAAAAAAAAUAGUAUUAAUGAAUUUUAUUGCAAUAAACAAUUUAUUCCAAAGCAGAAAGAUUAUUGGGAAGAAACUGUAAUAGGUGCACACCUCUGCAAUUGAUUUUGUCAAUAUCCACCUAGUAGAGAUUCUCGUAAAUAAAGAAUGGUACCAAGAUAAGUAAUAAUAGUAGAAAUAAGUAGAAUAUAAUUUUAUAAAUAAUAAAUUUCUUUCUGGAAAACAUUGAAAAGAACUUCCCUUGAAUAUGUAAUGGAACUGGUUCGAAAUUCUCUUAUGAUAUAAUGAUAAUUUUCUGAAAUUAUUUUAUUUAUCGAUUUCAGAAAGCAACAUGAGUAAAGUGUGUUUAAAAAUUUCUUUGUGGUGUUUUUGGCAAUGGCCUUACAGGAUUGUAACAGAAUUAUUUGAUUCUAGAGGCUCAAGAAAACAUUUCGUAAAUAUGUUUUCCAUUAGUAAUUUUUUCUAAAUAAUUUCCAUAAUUUGUUUCUGAAUAAAAAUUUCUUUCUUCAACCAAUUAGGAUAAACAUGUAGGUUUGUAACAAUUCCACCAUAAUUAUUUAGAUCAUGAAAAACUUGGGCUUGAAGAAAAGUAAAGAAAAGCCUCUGACAUUUCAGUGCUUUUGACUUUAUGAAACAUCAAUCAGGGUUUGUAGAAUUGUUCCAAGAAACACAGAAAGAAAGUGCUCGGAAGUAGAAUUGGUUUAUUUUAUGACUGCUCUACAGCUUUUUUCUAGAUUUGUUUGAUACGAUAAAAGAAGACAUGAAAAUAUGAAAAACUAUGUUUGUUUUUAUUUUCUUAAAUUGUAUAAGUUUUUAGUAAAAAUAGGUACUGAACGUCUAUAGGCGAAGAACAAUACAAAAUGAAAUUAUUAGAACCCAGAAGUUUAGGCAUUUCUUUUCAUUAAAAUAGUCAAUCAAAAGGGCAUUUAUUUUAGCUAAAGUAGAGGUGCAAAAUACCCAGUAAACAAUGAAAAAUAAUUUCAUUUAAAAGGAAUUAUUGUAAAAAAUUAUUAAUUUCAAUGAAUCCCAUUUUUAUUCUAAC